UAACACGUAUGUAUCAUUUCCCAAACACCAUUGUUCACAGAUGGUGACAGCAUAUUAAUUUUGGAAUUGCAUUAAGAGUAAAAAUAAAAAACACUUUGAAAACAUCAAAGUAGAAAAGUAUAAAGGACCUUUCCCUUUUUUUCGUGUUUCUUGAUAGAUAUUAUAUUUUGUCAAUUAAACUUUAACCGAUUUAAGUUGCUAAAACGUUUAAUAAUUCAUCUCAUUUUGAACAGCUGCCUAAAAAGAAUUUCGGUUUUGUACUACACUUCGACUGUUUCUCUGAACCUUUUCUCAAAAGCAUAGCAAGCUGUUUCAUUUUCUGCUUUUAUAUUCCAUUUAAAGCGGUUAUCUAACAAAGAAUUAAUUACCGAGGGCAAUUGUCGUAUAGCUUUCGGUUAGUUACAAGCAAAUUCUUGGUAGCGGAACUCAAAUUAUAUCACUGUUCGCCUAAUCGUCCCUUUCUUUGCAGAACGUCGUUUUCCGAUCAAGUACGUCCCCUCACUUUUUCUGUUUCAAAUUUUCAUUAAGGUACAACUCGUCCUUAUAGUUUCCUGUCACUGCUAUUUUUAUUGAAAAUUUUCAAUUUUUUUCUUCCUUUUUCCUCCUUUUCUUCAAAUAGAAGUUACUACUGAUAAAAUCAGAGGUUCCUCUUUUAUUCAUCUAUCUUUCAUAGAAGUGCAGAAUAAGAAGGAAUUCCUCGAUUUUAUAUUUUCGUGAUCAGUGACUAUUAGGAUCCUCUGGACAAUUUAUUGAUUACUAUUUAUUUUUUUCUUUACAUAUAUUUCUUCAGUCAGAUUCUUACUGACCGCAAUUUUGCUAUCGCUGGAAGGCACCUUUUCCUGACCGGCCUUUUGCUAUCAAUUCCUUUUUGCCAAUGCCUACACCUGUCAUACUCACUCUUUCCGCUUCAAAAAGUUAUUUUGUUAAUUUGUUGACUUUCUUUGGGCAUAUUUAAACCGUUACCUGUCAUAACAGCAGUGGUUCGCACCUUAGUUUCUUGUUAACAUUCGCGACAUUUUACUUUUCUCCUAAUUUUUAUGUUCCAGUUUCAUUCGUGUUUCCUAAAACCUAAUAAUUUCGUUUAUAUUUCUAAUUGGUACCGAAUUUUCUUAAUCAAAAGUUAAUAGAGAUAAUUCGUCUGACAUUAAUAUUCGAACAGUCCUACUGCAUAUUUAUAAUUCUUUCUAUCCUGUUAGAUCUUUUCAGUUUUUACGGGAUUUAUUCUUUCUUUUCUUCUUUGUUUAUAUAUGAUUUGUACAUUACCUAAAAAAUGCACUCUUCAUCAGUUGGUCGUUCCAUCCCUAUCUCCCAAGGUUAUCCUUCGUUUAAUUCUCAUUUGAAAAAUUGCAGUGUGGUGGAAAGCACCAUUCGCGCUCUUCCGGACUCUUCACUUUCCAGUUUAUCGAGAUCAACCUUUCAGCAUCCACCAUCUCUACCUAAUAAUGCAUCAGUGGAUUCUGAUUUACAACAGAGGGCUUAUAAUGAUUCCUCUCCACAAAUUCAUUCAUAUAACCAUAAAGCCUUUAUACAUUCCUUUCGAACUCCAGAACCGUCGAAGAGACACUUUUCUUUAAAUUCCCCUACUUCCUUACUGCCGCAGAGCGCCUCUUCACCCGAAAAUGAUAUCUCUUUCCAAAAUUGGGAAACGAAAGAUGAAACCCUGUAUGAUUUAUUAAGACUUACUUCUCCCCCGGAACAGGUGACCUCGCAUACUUUACCUACGCGUUCAACUUGCUCUUUUCCCUUUUUUAAAGACAAUCCUCGAGGAUCAUCUUUUCCUACGCAGACCAGUAAUAAAAAGAAAGCUCUCUAUAAAGCUCGUGAUCGGAGAAUCGGAAACUCUGUCGUUAAUACUCAGUGUGAUUUAGACUCGCCUGUUCUUAAUUUCAGAGAUAGCUCUAAAAAUAUUAACUUGCCGCGGAAGACUUCCUCUCAGGAUAAAGCUCUACAACCUUCUUCUGUAGCUAAUAGGAUUUUUUGUGAGGAGAAUUUUGCCAAACCGAUUUCAAGAGAUAAAUCUUUAGAAACACAAAGCAGUACACAUGAAAAUAGUGGUAUUGUACGCUCUUCCUCAACAAAAGCCGAUGAUUCCUUUCAUUUAAAUACUUCAGCUGAGUUGGACAGUUCUGCUGGUUUGAAUUUAUCAAACAAGUCCUUACUUUCUGCUCAGAUCAAUCAAUCUAAAUAUUUGGGAACAUCUAGUCAAGCGAUUGUGACGCAAGACAUUGUCGAACGAACAUCUGAAGUAGAAGAAGAACAAAGUUCUAAUUCAUACAAGAAUUCGGAGAGAAAAGAGCGCCCUCCGUUAUUUAACAAUAAUUCCUUCGCAGUCGGUGAUUUGUACGGUAGCCCAAAAGAGACAGUGACUAAUAUUUCUUCAUUACAUUCGCCUACUCGUUCUCGAAUUUCCAGAGCAAAAGCAUUUGCAAAAAACACCACCAAUAUUCAGGUCAUAAAAAAGAAAAACGAACAGUAUAUUGCCCACUUUCCUGAGCAUAAGGAACGUUUGGAUUUUUUAUGGCAGCAUAAAGCUAGUCCUGCUUUUGCUAACUGUGCAUUAGUUAGUAACGAUCGGUUUUCGCUUUCGGAGUUGCACAUGGAUAGUUCUGAGAUUUUAGCUCGGACUCUAAAAAAAUCGUCAAAAAACAAUUGUUUUGGCCCUUUCAUUCUGGGGAGGACUAUUGGGAGAGGUGAGUUCGGAAAAGUUAAACUAGGAUGGCCUCUACCAGGAUCCUCUCCAUUUAAAAAACACCCAGCGCCCCAAGUAGUCAUAAAAAUAAUUCGUGUGGUUAAAGGAGGGCGUCUGCUACGAAAGGUUAUCCGCGAAGCAACGAUUCUGAGAGAAGUUGAUGAUCAUCCUAACAUUGUGAAGUACGUAGAUCUUAUCCGAACAAAGCAUCAUAUGGGCAUCGUUUUGGAUUAUGUGAGUGGGGGUGAGUUGUUUGAUUAUAUAUUAGCUUCUCGGCGUCUAGAGGAUGAAAUGGCUUGUAAGCUAUUUGCGCAACUCAUUAGCGGGGUUGGAUACUUACAUUCGAAAGGAGUUGUUCAUCGAGAUUUAAAAUUAGAGAAUAUUUUGCUUGACUCCAAAAAAAAUAUUAUCAUUGCCGAUUUUGGAUUUGCAACAACGUUUGGUCAAUUUGGUUCUCAAAAUAAUCAAGUCAGUACUGCAAAACCUGAUUUAUUUAGGACUUCUUGUGGGUCGCCUUGCUAUGCGGCACCCGAGUUGGUAAACUGCAAAACUGGAUCAUAUGCAGGUACCCAAGCAGAUAUAUGGAGUUGUGGUGUUAUUUUAUACGCUAUGCUUGCAGGUUAUCUUCCUUUUGAUGAUGACCCCCAUAAUCCAAAUGGCGAAAAUGUUGUACGGCUCUACAAAUACAUAUGUAGUACUUCCCUCAUAUUUCCUGAGUAUAUCAACGAUAAACCCCGGGAUCUGCUUCGCAAAAUUUUGGUGCCUGAUCCUUCACGAAGGCUUUCGAUGUUUGGGAUUAUGAGACACCCUUACCUCCGUGCUCAUAGGCAACUAUUUGAGCGCUACAAUGAUUUUGGAACUCUACAGUGCCCUGUUGGUGAUGUUCUUGCUCAAAAAUCAGAAAUCAGUGUAUCUUCGAGUUCUACCGUUAGCACAUUUUCUUCAGUUGAUAUUCCAUCACGUGAUGUUAAUGUACAACAGAUGACCGCUUUACAUGGCAGUCUUGAGUUGAAACAACCAACGAAAAAACCAUUAAUUAGUGAUGGUGUUCACGCUUCAGUAAUAGUGUGUCCGAAAGAUAACAGCAAAACUCGAUUGGUUUCUCUGCUUCGCAAACCCAAUCAAUUUCCAAAAAUGUUUGACAACGAACCGUUAUUAAAGACCGAUUCGAAGCCUAGAGGUCAUGAAAAGCGUUUUAGUAUAGCCACAGUUGAUUAUAGCCGUCAAAGAACAGCUUUGGUGCCCCUUGAAAUGAAAGUUACCUCAUUGGUAACGACGAGUUGUGAAACAAGGCGCAGAAGUGAGGCUACUAAUACGCUAAGAAGCCUGUUAAGCAAGCCAAAAAAAAAGUAUUUUGGGAAGGAUUUUUCUUUUCUCACUAAUUUUCUUUCUCUUAAAAGAAGAGGUAAAGAUGUAUCCCAUUGCAAAAAAUCUGAUUUAGUUUUGGAGACAAUAACCCCACUCGUAAGUACAUCAGAUGCUUCAACUUUAAAGAAUCUUCAUAAGUUCGAGAAGGGACAUAAAAGGCAUUAUACAUUUGCAUAGUAUGCUGUCCUUCAUGAACUUGAUAAUUCCUCCUCUUUUCUGUAUAUAAAAAAGGUAAUCAUUUAUGGUGCAUUUCUAAUCUUCCUCUCUAUUUUAUUUGUUUAAAAAAAUAAAAAAUAAAAAACAAGCUUUAUUUAUUUGGAACUAACACAUUCUUUCCAUAAUUAUUCAAUCUUAAUAGCUGCUUUUCUUCUUUUUACUUAGUUGUAUUCGACCCUUUCAGCUCGGAUUUCUUUCCUUUUUUUAUCAGUUGGGCCAGACUUAAGCCC